AUGCAGUCCCUGACUGCAGAGAUCCAGAGUUUCUCCAGGACACGGCUGAGAAAGCAGUGCACCCGAGUGACAUCACUGAGCGGCCGUCGCAUCAUCGAGACCUGGAAGGGCUCUACGAUCACUGUGGUGGAAGACCCCGCCCCCCCAGAGAAGAUGCUGGGAUACGUGCCCGACACAUCCUGGGACCUGCAGGUCGGCAUCGUCAGGCCUUACCUGCUGCUGGGUUCUCAAGAUGCUGCACAUGACUUUGGCACUCUGAAAAAACACAAGGUAUCUCACAUCCUGAAUGUGGCGUUCGGGGUGGAGAAUGUGUUUCCCGACCUGUUCAUCUAUAAAACCAUCAGCAUUCUGGAUCAUCCCGACGCUGAUGUGCUGCUCCACAUCCAGGACUGUUGUGACUUCAUCCAGCAGGCUCGCAGCGAGAAAGGCGCCGUGUUGGUCCACUGCAACGCCGGCGUGUCACGGGCACCGGCGGUUGUCAUUGGCUACCUGAUGUCCUGUGAAGGCCAGUCCUUUGACGACGGCCUCUCAUUGGUCAAAUCGGCUCGGCCUGCCUCGGCCCCAAACCCUGGCUUCUCGGAACAACUGAGGAGCUACAAAACGCCGACGAUGAACGGAUCCAAACACUAA